AUGUCUCAAACAAAUGGCGAUGAGAGGGACAAAAAAAUACGAGAAUUAUACCGGUACGAUGAGAUGUCCAAUAAAGUGCUUAGAGCAGACAGAUCGCUGCAUUCGCAACGUUCAGAUCCAAUGAAAGACGCUGCACAGUCACAACCAAAGUCUAUGGUAGGCAGAAUAUCUGUUAAAGAGAUGGGACAGCUCGUCAAACCAGAAGCUACAAGCGCCGAGAAAGAGACCUACAGAAAAGAAGUUGAUGGUCGAAAAUCUGCCUUUAAAAACAGGUCUACCAAAGAAAAACGCAACUUUACGAACUCGACCAUCUUGAGCGGCGAUGGGAUGCAAAAAUUAAACUACUUUCCCUCGGACGAGUCGAACGCAAGGUACUAUGACACGAUAGUACAAAUGGUGGCAGAGCUUUUAGGCGACGACAUACCUCAUGAUGUUAUUCUUUCUGCGACAGAUUAUGUACUUCAAGUACUUAAGGGCAAAAAAAAUGAAGAGGGCACCGAUAUGGAUACAAAGAUGGCAAAAAUACAAGAUAUUCUUUCUGUUCCAAUCUCAAAUUCACAGUUCCGCGAAAUUGUGGAGUCAAGCAAGCAAAUAAGUGACUUUCAUCAAUCAGAGCAGAUAGAUGAUAUAAAUGAAGACGGUGUUGCAAUUUUGGCCAGUGACGAAGAACUAGGUGAUAAUGACAAUGACAACGCUUUGAUGAAUGAGCUUGAAGAAAGUGAGGUCGAGGAGGAAUUACAGGAGAACUCUGACCAGAGACUAGAGCAUAAUACUUCUACUAUCUUAGUUGGUGAUACAAAUGGUACAGAUGACACUGUGACGUUAUCCCUGGCCGGCAGGGAUGCGGGAGACACCGUUGAAAACAUACCGAUUUAUAACGUUGACGAGCUUUACCUUUUUAGAUUAAUUUCUUCAAAGUUAGAUAAGAAAGAUCAGGAAGACAUUCAAACGCUCUGCAAUAAGUUGAUGGAAAUAUUAGGCUCGGAAUCCAGCACAUCAAACAUGGAAAGCAAAUUAGCGGAACAUAUAGAUCUCCGGCAUCACACUUUAAUAAAGAUGCUUUCCAAAAAUAGCGCUUCAAUUUUUUGGGGAACACAAAUUUCAGGAGCCUCCGUUCAACGUAGGGCUCAACUUCUAGAGGUAAUGCUUCUGCUUAACCUUAAUGAUUUGGUUCACGAAUAUGAAGAUAGGGAGACUAAUCACAAAAGGAAGCUUAUCUCAGAUGUGCCGAAUGGCAUCCAUGUAGAAGAUACGAGGCCAAGAAAGCAAAAGAAAGCAACUAUACCCAACACGGUCAAUUUGCAGGACCUUGCGUUUGACCAGGGGUCCGAACUGCUAAGUACCACGCGUGUGAUGUUACCAACUGAUUCUUUCAAAAGGGUCAAAGACAGUUAUGAGGAAAUUCACAUACCCGCGCCCACUCGGCCAUCGGAAGAUUUCAAAUUAGUACCAAUAACUGAUCUCCCCAUCUGGGCAAGAGAUGCUUUCCCUUCUUCUGAAACAACACACUUGAAUCGAAUACAAUCAGAAGUAUUUCCAUCUGCGUUUGGAAACGAUAAUAACAUGUUAAUAUGCGCACCUACUGGGUCAGGAAAGACAAAUAUUGCAAUGCUUACAGUUUUGAGAACACUGUCACACCACCUAGACAGCAAUACGGGAACUUUUGAUCUAAAAAGAUUCAAAAUGGUUUACAUAGCGCCGCUUAAAGCAUUGGUUCAGGAGCAGGUAAGGGAAUUUCAACGAAGACUGGCUGCCUUUGGUAUAAAGGUAGAAGAACUCACCGGCGAUUCGAGUCUUACUAGGCAACAAAUUGCGCAAUCCACUAUGCUUGUUUCCACACCCGAAAAAUGGGAUAUUAUUACGCGGAAAAAAGAUAGCACUAUGGUCGAUCUUGUGGAGCUUCUCAUCAUUGAUGAAGUUCAUCUUUUGCAUGACGAAAGAGGCCCGGUUUUGGAGAGCAUUGUUGCAAGAAGCCUUCGCAAUACGCGGUCCGCAGGGAAAUUGAGAAUUGUGGCAUUGUCCGCAACGCUCCCUAAUUAUGCGGAUGUUGGUCGUUUUUUGCGCGUACCCCAGGAAAAUUUGUUCUACUUUGACUCCUCUUUCAGACCUUGUCCACUGGCACAACAGUUCUGCGGAGUCACCGAGACAAACGGUAUGAAAAGAGUCAAUGCAAUGAAUCAAGCCUGCUAUGAUAAACUAUUGGAAGUUGUAAAGCAAGGACACCAAGCAAUUGUCUUUGUCCAUUCUCGUAAAGACACGGCGAGAACAGCACUUUGGAUUAAGCAAAAAUUGGUGGAGGAAGAUAAAUUGAUACACUUCGUCAAAUCUGAGCCAGGAUCCAAGGAAAUUGUGCGAAGAGAAGCAGAUAAUGUAUCUGAUAAAUGUUUAGCUGAGCUUUUUCAAUUUGGGUUUGGACUCCAUCAUGCAGGUUUGACAAAAUCAGAUAGGUCACUUUCUGAAGAUCUUUUUGCAGAUGGUCUCUUGUCCGUCCUUGUAUCUACUGCCACGCUGGCUUGGGGUGUGAAUUUGCCGGCUCACGCUGUAAUCAUCAAGGGUACUGACAUUUAUUCACCCGAAAAGGGCACUUGGACUCGACUGUCUCCUCAGGAUGUGCUUCAAAUGCUUGGUAGAGCUGGUAGGCCUCGGUACGAUACUUUCGGUGAAGGGAUAAUCAUAACACAACAAUCAAGUAUUCAAUACUACCUUGCAAUGCUAAACCAGCAGCUACCAAUUGAAUCUCAGCUUAUGGCCAAGCUUGCAGAUACUAUAAAUUCCGAAGUUGUAUUAGGUAACAUAAAGUCGAGGAAAGAGGCUGUCGAUUGGAUUGGGUUUACCUACUUAUUUGUAAGAAUGCUAGAAAGUCCAGACUUGUACAAGGUUCCUAGUGAUCGCGGCGAUGACGACUUUCUUUAUCAAUAUCGAGAUGAAUUAGCUCACUCUGCUUUUGAGCUUCUUCACAACAACAGCCUGGUUGUCUAUGACGCGAAUAAUGGCUCCAUUUAUCCCACGGAGCUUGGUAAAAUUGCCUCAUAUUUCUACAUCAAGUUUCAUUCGAUUUCGUUAUACAAUAGGAUGCUAACGGAGCACUUGACCUCAAUUGAAAUUUUGCGCAUCUUUUCCAGAUCUGAUGAGUUUAAGUACAUUCCUGUGAGACAGGAGGAAAAGGUGGAACUGCAAAAGCUUUUAGAGAAAGCACCCAUCCCUGUUCAAGAGUCUGUGGAUGAUCCAAUGGCUAAAAUCAACAUUUUACUACAGACAUACAUUUCUCGCACUAAAUUGGACGGUUUUGCAUUGAAGUCGGAUAUGCUUUACAUUACGCAGAGCGCAGGACGUCUGAUGAGGGCACUGUAUGAGGUUAGUGUAAAGAAAGGGAUACCGAUGUUAGCAAAAGCCCUUCUCACUCUUUGUAAAUCGAUUGAAAGGAGGAUGUGGAUUACCAACUCACCAUUAAGACAAUUUAAAAGUUGUCCAAUGGAGGUUAUACGACACACUGAAGCGUCAUUUUUACCUUGGCAGGAUUACUUCCAUCUUUCGUCUCCUCGUGAAGUAGGCGACGCGGUCAGAUCAGAAAAGUACGGCAAGCUUGUUUAUGACCUUUUGAAAAAGUUUCCGAGGUUAAGCUUAAACUGUUCAGUGCAACCACUGACUCCUAGUGUAUUACAUUUUGACUUAGAAAUCUCACCAAAAUGGACAUGGGAUUCAAAAGUUCAUGGCUUUAGUGAAAAGUUUGUGGUACUUGUCGAAAACGAGAUGGGGGAUAAGUUGCUAUAUACCGAUGCCUUAACAGUGAAAGAAAGAUAUGCAAACGAGGAGCAUUUUUUGGACUUCACCAUCAUUUUGAAUACUAUACAACAACAGGCUUUGCCUUCGAAUUUUUUCGUUAGUUUGGUAUCAGAAAGGUGGAUCCUUAGCGAAGUCAAGAUACCGAUUUUGCUAGAGGAAAUUCGUUUACCCAAAAAGUUUCCUGCUCCGACCCCGCUUCUAGAUCUACAGAAAGUUCCAACUUCGGAAUUGAAUUCGGAAGAGUUCAUGAAAGCACUCAAUUUUACUCACUUUAACAAAAUUCAAAGCCAGGUGUUUUCAACAUUAUAUGAUUCAAAUGAUAACAUUUUCAUCGGAGCUGCAACUGGAAGUGGUAAGGUCACCAUGGCCGAGUUGACACUGUUCAAUCUUUGGCGCCAAGCUGGUGGUCGCUCUAUUUACAUCUGUCCGUCGCAGCAAAAAAUUAAUUAUCUUUCAGAGGCUUGGUCGAGUAGGUUCAGCGAUUUAGCAGGUGGAAAAAUUAUCAAUAAGUUUGACGAUGACAACAUCAACAACCUCAGGUUGCUUGCUAAAAGCCAUUUGAUUUUAUGCACACCAGAGCAAUUCGAUGUUGCGUCACGUAGGUGGAAGCAAAGGAGAAACAUUCAAAAUAUAUCGCUUCUGAUAUUCGAUGAAGUACAUAUGGUGGGUAAUAGCAUUUCUGGGGCUAUCUACGAAAACAUUGUCUCGAGGAUGAACUUUAUUACAGCUCAGCUUGAAACAGAUCUUCGGGUUGUAGGUAUUGCCAACUCUGUAGCAAACAGCAGGGAGUUCGGACAAUGGAUGGGAGUCAAAAAAGAAAACAUUCACAACUUUUCACCCACAGACCGAGAAUUGCCUCUGCAAAUCAAGUUUCAGAUUGCAGAUCAGCAAACGGUUCCUUCAGUAGUCCACGAAAUCUUACAGCCCAUAUUUGUGGAUUCUUUACAGUCAACUCAUACAGAUCAGCCGGUGGCCAUUUUUGCCUCAUCAAAGCAUCAUUGCAUGGAGAUUGUUGCCGAGUUAAUCAAAAUUGGCACUGAACGCAUUCAGAAACCAGUUCAUCUAGAUUAUGAGUCACUUAAGCGAAGUGGAGCUUUGCUUUCUAGCAAAAUUUUAAAAGAAGCUAUAAACUGGAAAAUUGGUGUUCUUUCUAGGGAUACAAAUGUUAAGGAUCGGUAUACAAUAGAGAGAUUGUACAAAGACGGGCACUUGAAAAUGCUUAUUGUGGCGCGCGAUGCUGACUUCUCGGGCUUGAAAUCCAACGUUGCGGUGCUGCUAGGAACAUCUUACUAUGAAGUAAAAGAGCACCGUUUUGUUGAUUACACUGUGAAUGAGGUACAAAAGAUGCUCAGCGUGGCGGCUUUAAGCCCUAAGCUAAAUAAAGCACUGAUAAUUACCAGCACCAAGAAGAAAGAGUAUUACAAGAAGUUUUUGAGUGAACCACUGCCAGUGGAAAGCUUUAUGUACUACCAUUUACCAGAUGCAAUCUCAAACGAAGUAAGUACUGGGGUUAUAGAGACCAAGCAGGACUGCAUCGAUUGGUUAACCUUCACGCUAUACUACAGAAGGAUUCAUGGGAACCCAAGUUAUUAUGGGGUAAAAGAUGUGUCGCCUAUGGGCAUAUCCGCCUACUUGACUGAAGUGGUAGAUGAGGUCAUCAAAGAUCUAGUAAACUACUCAAUGAUUGAAGUGGAAACCGAUAAAGAUAUGCAAGAUGUCAACAGUGAUGAUGAGCAAGAUUCCCCUUUGAUUCCAUUGAAUGGUUGUUUAAUAAGUUCACAUUAUAACACCUCUUUUACCAGCAUGCAGGUCUUUCACCAGUUCUUGUCGAAGGCGUCUGGAUUGAGAAGUUUUUUGGAAGCUCUUGCGAGUACCUCGGAGUUAGAGUCUUUAGCAAUUCGCGAAUCUGAUGUCGAUGUAUUGAAGUCAUUGUAUUCCAAAAUCCCAGUCAAAAGUACGAAGAUCACAAACUUUGAGUCCUCUGCUUUUAAAGCAUUCGUAUUACUACAGUCGCACUUCUCGAGGUUACAACUUAGAAACGAAUUGCAGCUAGACAUGGAUUUCAUCUUGAGAAAAGCCCCCGCUCUUGUUAACUCGAUGGUCGAUUUCAUGGCGGGAGAAGGACACUUAAAUGCUACUAUUGCAAUGGACCUAUCGCAGAUGCUGGUACAAGGUGUUUGGGAUACCGAUAGUCCUCUAUUGCAGGUCCCAUAUUUCGAUUUUGAUAUGGUCGAAAAGUGUAAAGCGAGAAAGGUUGAAACAGUGUAUGAUAUAAUGGCGUUGGAAGACGACGAACGAGAUGAGUUGCUAACAUUUAAUGUUGAGCAACUAGCUUCCAUUGCGAAUUUCGUUAACAUGUAUCCAAAUAUUGAGCUUGCAUAUUCAAUCGAGGAGUCUGCCGAAAAGAAGGUUGGAGAGCCACUUAAAAUCUCCGUAACUCUCACAAGGGAUGAGGAACCUGAAAGCCUUCGGGUAAUUUCGGAACGGCUCCCUUACGCAAAAAACGAGAGCUGGUGGAUAGUAGCUGGAGAGACAGCAACAAAAGAGCUGUAUUCCAUCAAGAAAGUCUCUCUAGCCAAAGAAUCACAAACUUAUGAUCUAGAGGUAACCCUUCAAGAGGAAGGCAAUCACACUCUAACCCUAUGGUGCGUGAGCGAUGCAUAUGUUGAUGCCGACAAAGAAGUUUCAUUUGGAAUUUGCGUGCAGUAA